ACUCCUGAAGCGAGGAGGCGGUGGGAUUAUUUACGCAGUAUAUUUCCCUCCCAUUGGUCGCUCAAUAGAAGCUGCUCUGAUGCGCUGCGGUGACACAGCCAAGUCUCCGGCGAUAAAAAGAAAAGCGACGAGCCGCGCAGGAGAAACACGAGUGUUGGAGGGCGGUCAACGUGUUUCCAUCUGAUGGUAGAUGCGCCUCUGCGAGUCUUAGCACGGCUGGAAGUAUCUGUUCAACUCCUGAGGGAUCUGGUGAAGAAUGGAGUGGUAUGUCCUGGUGCUGAUACUGAGCUUGCCGCCCUCCAUCCACGCAGAUUGUUCUUCACAUUGUCAGAAAUGCGCACAGCAGAUUCUCAGCCCCGACGCCGCCUUCAGCAGCCUGUCGUGCAGCGCAGAGUGUGAGGGGCAGCUGAAGAGCUGCGGCCAGGCUCCCGGGCUGGACUUCAGCGAGGACGAGGCUGCGCAGGAGGAGGAGAGCCAGCAGGCAGAUCUGGUCAAACGCUACGGCGGCUUCAUUAAGAGGAUCGACAAGAACAAGAACAAAAUCUUCACCUCUCCGUGGUACGACAAUUACGUUCUGAAAGCCGCAGCGCUGCCAAAGAAAUACGAGGACUUGUUGAAGAGGCUGGAGGAGAGAGGUGUGGACGCGCCGGAGGACGCAGACGAGGCUCCGGAGGAUCAGAAGCUCCGUAGUUAUGUUAAACGCUACGGCGGCUUUUUACGCAAAUUCGGCCCCAAGUCAAAGAGGAGUAGUUCCGCGGAGCAGGAGAGCCAGGAGCCAGAGGGGCUGCAGAAGCGCUACGGAGGCUUCAUGAGGAGGAUCCGACCAAAGUUGAACAACCUGAAGUGGGACAAGCGGUACGGAGGCUUUCUGCGCCGCCACUUCAAAAUCUCCGUGCGCUCAGUUGAGGAGCCGUAUUACUCCUAUGAUGACAUGAGCCUAUAGAUGAACCCUGCUCAAAAAGAAAAUAAAAACUAGAAAGAACUUGUGCGGGUUCAUUUGAAAUGGCACCAUUUAUCCAGAAAGUAUCAUAUGCCUGCCUAUCUUGCUUCUUGCCUACUCGGUUGACUGCUGUGUAACAACUUUCAUCUCUGUGUUAUUGGCAUCUUUGUCUGUCAUUCAAUAAAGGAUGCUUGUUUAAUAAAACUAAAAUGAAUCAAAACCACGCUCUUGUUUGUCAAACACGUUCAAAGAAUGU